CCCAUCGCGUUCAUCGAGAAUACAUACAUUUGAAAAUGCUGUCCCGAGUAGAGACAUUUAAAAACAGAUGGUAUUAUUGUGGUCAGCGGAAACUGAGGCUUUGGAACAAGCUGAUAACAAUUCUUACUUUUAAGAGUUUGUGAUUGCUGGACAUCAAACCUGAGAGACAAAAAAUGAACACAGAAAAGCACUGAAAAGUAAUCAAACUGAUAACAAAAUUCGUGCUCUUACUGGAUUAAAUCAAUCGGGUCCUGGAGAGGACAGGCACAUAAAUAACUGACCUGAUUUAAAUGAAAAAAACAGUGAAGAUUUAAGGUUCACGUUUUCAAUUAACCUUAAAUUUAAUGAAAAAAAGAAAGAGAAAAAUCGCCAAAAACUUUCUUUUGGUAAAGGAUUGAUAUUUUCUUCUAUUGACUGUAGUCAAGAGAACAGCAGUCAUGGCUGCAAAUACCGCGAAAUUUCAUUACAUCCUGGCUUGUAUUGCUACCGCAAUGCUAUUCGGCAUGGUCAGCGGUCACUUCAGAGUAGGUCGUGAACUGUAUGUUUGGCCUGUGCAACCGCGCCUUUGGCAAAUACACCCAUUGGACCAAGAAAGUCCGGGACAGAGACGAUCAUCCGAAUGGUUUCAAAGGAGUAACGAGGAAAAUACUGCAAAAGGAAAUACAGACGAACAAAGAGUAAACAAUCAUGUCUCCACACUAGACGGUCAAGUCUUUCACAGUGUUGGUCCAGGAGGCUUACUCACGCGUCGGAUGGGUCUUGCGCGAAGCAAGAGGCAAACCUUUCCAGAGAGGAAGCCGCUCGCCUUCUUGUUGGAAUCCCAGUCACCUGUAGGUGUCCGGAGAGUUCGUGUAAAGAAGAACCAAAUAGCAUCACAAGCCUUGUGAAAAACGGUCCACGAAGUUCGCUUGGCAAGGAAUUCUAAAGAACCUCAUCACUUUCACCUGUAAAAUUGUGUCAGUUGAAUGAAACCCGGCUUGAAUGUUACUGAAUAACGUGUGUUGUUGAAUUUGAAUGUGACAUAAAACAGUAUACUUACAAAACUGAAUAAAAAUAGUAAAUAAUGAUGAUGUGAAGAAAUUUAUCAAAGAUUAUGGCAGAGAUACUGAAGCUUACUACCCCAGGUCUUUCUUCAUUCAUUUGCAGAGCUUUAUUCAAAGGUUUUCAGAAUUGCCGUUGAUGAUAUUUUUUACUCAGUCGGUAGACGGAGUAGUCCAUCUUUCGCGUAGUCCGUCGUGCGUGACGUGAAUGAAAACUGCGAGAAAAAAUGC